UUUAAUAAAAAAAAAAAUUGUAUUGAAACAAGAAAACUUGAAACUUUAUUAAUCAUUUGGUUAAACUACUCUAAAUUUUAUAUUGUCUUCUUUAAUCCAUGGAUAACGUUAAAAUGCCUUUUCUACCCGAAGAAACUCUCAAAACCCAGCGUGUUGAAGUUUACUUAAAUGAUCUAAAGGAGCGACUAAAGGAACUGCGUGUUCAACAUGAUGAAGUUAUUCAGAAUUCAGUAGAUAUAAUUAAAGAGAUAGACGAAGUAUCGUCCGGUCUGUUGUUGCCACAAAACAGCGAUAUUGAUUCCAGCGAUAAUGUUACCAAAAUCAAAAAACUAAUUAAAGAAUUCGAAACCGCAAGAGAAUCAAAUUCAACAAAGAUACCUGUAUCUAUUGAAAGCAAGGUAGACAUUCGUAAAAUUUUGCAGAAUUUCGAAAAACUUAAUGAGAGCCAUGUACUAAAGGAAAGUCUCGUGCUUUUUAAGCGCGCAAAAGAAUCUCUCGAAAAAAUCGAUACUUUCCUUGGUACACAUUUGGAAAAUGUUAUUACUCAAUCGGUGAACGCUAUCAAAGGGAACAUUAAUAUAACGACAAAAGUUAUAGAAUUUGAAAAUGAUUGUGGGCAGUCGCCGACUUUUCCCCAACAUAGCUCAGAUACUCUCAACAAUAUUGUUGUUAAUGACGAUAAUAAAAUAAAGGAUUCUGGAUCAACUGAGCCUGCAUUAGCUGCCGUUAAAAGUCAAAUCUCUACCAAAAGCAACUCUACCUUAAAACAUCGAAUAAACAUGUUUAGUAAUGAUAAGUCAGGACAGGUAAAUAGCUGUGAAAACGGGAAAAAUAUAACACCGUCAUGCUACGCUUCCUGCUGCAGCAGUGUCACUAGCAUGGAUGUCUACCAAUCCGCAGAAAAUUUUUGCAUAGGCAACAUGUGUGGUAAUGAAAGUAGCUGUGUUGAAAUGGGCUACGAGGGUGACAAUGAUGACAGUGAGUACGACUUGUUUGCGCUAAAACGAAAGAAAAACAAAAUUUCGUCUACAAAUCAGCAGUAAGAAGUUUUAGUAUAAAUCAACUUUGUUCAGCAAUGUAACUUAACGUUAUAAAUCAUGGCUUUUCAAAAAUGAAAAGUGAUAUAAAAAAUGUAAAAUAUAUUAAAUUUUAAAAUAAAUUUGGA